AUGAGUUUUCUCCGCAGGGUGUCCGGCCGGUCUGAAGAGGCCCGCGGGGAAGACCCAGGACACGCUAGGAGUGGGUGGUAUACCGCUCAGCUUCCCCAGGAUCCAAGGACCAGAUCAGGGCUCCUUUUUACGCAGACCUCCUACAAUGCCUCCAUCUUUGAAAAUUCUGCAGCAAGGAGCUACAUCAAGAGUGAGCUCAAAAUGGGAGUUGUUCUCGGGCCCUCUCGUGCCUCUAUUGUCAAAUAUCUGGAAUCUGGAUACGCAGAUGGUCUUUUUCAGGCAGAGAAAUUUGUUCUGGGAGACUUCUGUUUCCUGCGCAUCCGGACAAAUAGCGGCAGUGCAGUCAUCUUGAAUCGGGAGGUCCAGGACAACUACACACUGACGGUGAAGGCAUCCGCCAUGGGACGGCUGGAGGCCUGGGCCACUGUUUACAUCAAUGUCCUUGAUAUGAAUGAUCUCCGACCCCUGUUCUCUCCCACUUCCUAUUCUAUUGUUGUCGCUGAGAGCAGUGCCAUGGGUGCAAGUGUGGGAAUGGUGAUGGCGACCGAUGCAGAUGUGGGUUCCAACGGUGAGUUCUACUACUUCUUCAAAGAAAGGGUGGAGCUUUUCUCCAUCCACCCGACCAGCGGGGUCAUCUCCCUCACAGGCAGGCCCAACAUGGAGGAACGGAAUCGCUUCGAACUGGAGGUGCAGGCUGUGGACCGUGGCAUGAAGCUGUACGGUAACAACGGUGUGAGUAGCACGGCCAAACUGGUUCUCACUGUGGAACGUAUCAACGAGUUUGCACCGGUUCUGAGUGUGGUGGCACUCAACCCCUCCUGGUUGGACAUAGACCCCGUAUAUGCAGUUGUUACUGUGGAGGAUCUAGAUGAGGGUGUCGGUGGGGAGAUAGAGUGGGUGUCCAUCAUCGCUGGUGAGCAGUUUGUUGUUGAUCGGUCUCCUGUGAGUAAUGACUACAAGGUGAAGACCUUAGAGCCAGUAGACUGGAAUACAUUUCCUUACGGCUCCAACCUGACCCUCCAAGCCAAAGACAGGGGCUCACCUCCAAAGGUUUCCAACACCCAGGUGGUUCGGCUGCAGGUGAGGACGCCAGAGCCGUUGAAUAUUCGAUUUGAGAAGGAGGUCUAUAGGGUCAAGAUCAGUGAGAUAGCACCCCCUGGCACCAUAGUAGAGGUAGUAAAAAUCUCCCCUGCUCCUCUCAACGUCAACUACAGCUUGAGCUCCUUCUCUGACUCACAGUAUUUCACCAUGAACUCACUGACUGGCAUCAUUAACACUGUGAGUCAGCUGACCACCAUAUCCCAGGAGUCUGUGCAAAUGACGGUGUUGGAAUCUUUCACUCAACUUGAAACCACGGUUCUUAUCAGCAUAGAGGACGCUAACGACAACACUCCCACGUUCCCCAGGCCCAGCUAUGAGUUCUCUAUCAACGAAAGCCUACCAGUGGGCACUGUCAUCCUGGUGGUGUCAGCGGUGGACAUCGACAAAGGGGAGAACGGUUGCAUAGCCCACAGCAUUGCUGGUCUGCAUUCCAUACCGUUCACCAUAGAUCAGGAUACAGGGGAGCUAGACUUCGAGUCUUCGUCUGAGAUGUACAUGUUCUCCGUGCGUGCGUCUGACUGGGGCUCCCCGUACCGAAGGGAGAGCGAGGUGAACAUCACGGUCCGUCUGCUGAACGUCAACGACAACAAGACGCUGUUCGAGAGGGACACGUGCCGAGGCAUGAUAGCGCGAGUCUUCCCCAUUGGCCAACCCUUCCUUACCAUGUCGGCCAUAGACGUAGAUGAGCUGGACCUGGUUAAGUACCAGAUCAUCUCAGGGAAUGAAUUGGACUAUUUCAACCUGAAUCCAGACUCUGGGGGCUUAUCCUUGAGGAGAUCAUUGGCGUCUGCAAAUCUGAAGAGCAACUUGUUCUCGUCAUGCAGCGAGGCCCCUCACUGA